GUUGUCAAUUGCACGCGCGCGAGUAAAGUUGAAUGAUACGAGAUUCGUCGGCUUUGGCGUGCCGACUGACAGACAGGCGGUCAUAGGAUGUGGGGUUACGCAUGGGGCGUGAGAAAAUAAAGUGUGGGAAAGAGUGGGCGUCGCGGCGUAGUAAAACAUUUGAUAUUGUAUGUAGUGAACCGAACACUUACGAAUGCUCCAGUAGCAAACAACAUCAUUUCGUAUUGUUGUUGUGUGCGUUAUAAAUACAUUGAGUUCACGAAGCGAAAAGGUUGCGGUGUGUGAGGAAGAGAUCAACGAUUGACCGGAGAUCUCGUGGGAAACGACCUUUGUUAUGUACACUAAUAUACAUUAGUUUAAAACAAAAAAUCUUUUUCAAUAAUCACACGCAAUGGGAGUUACUGGGCUGUGGCGACUUAUAGAACCUACAGGCAAACCUGUACCGAUUGAAACAUUAGAAAAUAAAGUUUUAGCCGUCGAUAUUUCAAUAUGGUUACAUCAGAUGGUGAAAGGAUAUCAAGAUGCAAAGGGAGCUCCACUUCCAAAUGCACAUCUUAUGGGAUUAUUUCAGCGCUUAUGUAAAUUAUUAUAUUUUAGAAUAAAACCUAUAUUUGUUUUUGAUGGUGGGAUCCCAAAUUUAAAACGACAAACAAUUGCCAAAAGACAAGUUAACAAGUCAAAGUACAACUCGGAAUCAGAACGUUUAAAACGAGAACUAGCCCUCCUGAUAGGUAAAAAAACUGCAAUAGGAGCAUUAUUGGGCAAACAAAUAUCACCAAAGAAAAGUAAUGCACCACAAAAUGAUGAUGACUUAUUCAAAUUGCCAGCAAUGCCUCAAAGAGAGGAGGAAACUGAUACCGAAUCCGAUGAAGAUGAAAGUUCAAGUGCAUCUACGGUGGAUUUACACACAGUUGACCUUGAAUCAGAGAACUUUAAAAAUAUGCCAGUAAAAGAGAAAUAUGAUCUUUUGAUAGAAUUGAAGGAAACUAGAAAGAUGAAUUCCUGGGGUAAAUUACACACAUUACCAAAGAAAAGUGAUAAUUUUUCAGAUUUUCAAAUGCAAAGGUUAUUAAAGAGAAGAAAGGUUCAAGAGUGUAUUGAAGAAACUGAAAAAGAAAUGGGUGAUGUUGGAAUGUCUUUCAAUGAUUUAGAAGCACUACUUAAUGAAGAAGGUAUUGAUACUAAAAUUGAGGAACUGCCGACCCGUCGUAUUGCAUCCGAUAAAACAACACGUUUUUUGCUAAUAAAUAAUGUCAAACAAACUUUAGCUGAAGCAAAGAAAUUAAAAGAGCAAGAAGCACUUAAGGAUUUUCAAAAUACAGAUUCAAUACCCAAUGAGAAUAAUAGUACCAUAGAAAAUGAAAAAAAUGAUGAGUUGGAAGAUGACUUGCAGAAAGCCAUUAAAAUGUCUUUAGAAUGUGUGGAUGAACCUGGCACUUCAGCAACUGCCUCCACUUCAAAAGGCGAUGAAUCAUGGACAUCAUUUUUAACAGAUUCAGAACAUUCUGAUGCAUCAGAUGAUGAUGACUUUGCACCACCAACUGUAUCAACUGCUAAAGCGUACAUUAUGCAAUACAGCGAUUUUACACAUAAGGCAAUUGAUGAAAUUGUAUCAACAAAGGGCAAAAAGAAGGAUAAAACAAGUGAGAAAAAUGUGGACGACAUUAUACACGAAUUGAAUCAAGAAAACUCAAUAAUUGAAUACAAAGUAGAUUUAACAAAUGAGGAAGAUUUUGGCAAUAAUAUGUCAAACCAAUCUAAUGUGGCAAACAACGAUUCUGCAAUUAUUAUAAACACGAAUAAAUCUGAACCUGAAGCUGAUAAAAAUAUUUCCAAUAAUGAAAUUAAUACAUCAGUUGUUUGCGUUGAAACAACUAAUGAUGAAAUAAUUAAUUUAGAUACAACAACAGAAGAAUUUCCAAGUAUAAAUGACAGCAUAAAUUUUGAUUCCAAACUAUCCUCGUCAAGUGAUGAUGAAUUUGAAGAGGUUUCUGAAACUGAAACUAAGCCUCCCAAACCUGUUGUUCAACUAACAUUAAACAUGAAUGAACAAAUAGAAGAUGAUAUUUUUGCUGAUGUUUUUGAAGAUGAUAAAGGUCAAUCAAAUAAUAUAAUAGAUAUUGCAAAAACCCAAUCUAUGAAUAAAAAAGUGAACAAAAAGGAAAUAGCAGAAAUACCAGAUAAGGAAUUGCUAAUAAAAGAUACAAAGGAUAACAUUAACAAAAAUAAGGAAACCCUUGAUGAUAAAAAAGAUUUUGUACAAGAUCCUGGGGAGAUUAUUGAUAAUAAUAUACAAGUAAAGGAUAGUGCAGUACAGGAAUGUAUUGAAAAUAAAGAACGUAAGGAAUUAACUGAAGAUAAUAUUAAAAUUAAUGCAUCCUCAUCAAAAUCUGAAAACCUUCCAAUAGAACCUAAAUUGAAUGUUGAACCUUCAAAAGAAAAACCAAUAAGAGAGCCUAUAUCGAAAGAACAAUUGCAGACUAUGGAGACGGAAGUAGAUAAAGAAGAAGAAAUGUUAUUGCAAGAAAAAGGACGACUCGAUCGAAUAGGAAGGAAUAUAUCGGAACAAAUGACGCAAGAAGCGCAGGAACUACUUCAGAUUUUCGGUAUACCUUAUGUUGUUGCGCCCAUGGAGGCAGAAGCACAGUGUGCAUUUCUAGAGGCAGCAAAACUUACUGACGGUACCAUAACUGAUGAUAGUGACAUAUGGCUAUUUGGAGGAAAAACAGUAUACAAAAACUUCUUUAAUCAAAAGAAACAUGUUCUUCAAUUUUUAAGUGAAAAAAUAGAGAAGUCCUUUAAUCUUACUAGGGAACAGCUGAUUCUAUUUGCGCUUUUAGUCGGCAGUGAUUAUACCACAGGAGUGACGGGUGUAGGUCCUGUAACAGCUAUCGAAAUUCUUGCGUCAUUUCCAUUUAACAAGAAAAAAGUUAUAAACGAAACUUUAAAGGAAGCUCGUUACCAAGAAUUAGUGACUGGUCUCCAAGAAUUCAAGCAAUGGGUGAGAGCUGGAAGACGCACAGAUAAUAUAAGCCUUAAGAAUAAAUUAAAGAAUGUUACUCUCAAUGAUGACUUUCCUAGUGUGAGGGUUGUUCAAGCAUAUCUUGAACCCAAUGUGGAGAAAAGCGACGAGAAGUUUACCUGGGGCGAAAUAGAUAUAACUAUAUUACGAGAUUACACAAAAAAGAAAUUUGGGUGGUCACAAAACAAACUAGAUGAAAUCAUUAACCCCGUUUUAAAAAGAUUACUCGAGAGAAAGACACAAAAAACUGUUCACGACUAUUUUAAACGCAAAACAGAAUUUGAUUGUAUAGAUGCACAAGUGAGCAAAAGAGUUAAGGCUGCUAUUCAAAAACUGGAUCCAAAUUCAGAUACACUAAAUGAAGAAAUGCUACCACCCCCAGAGUCUAACAAACAACCCAACAAAAAUAAGAGCAAAAGAAAGCUGGUUAAAAACGAUGAAAUAAAUCAUAUAAGCAAAGUUGUGGAAGUGGCAACGGUUGUCGAGAAUAAGACUGAUUUUAGUAUUAUUAUUCCAAAGACUGAUAAGUGCCAGGAAAUCAUCCCUCAGCGCGAAAAAGUUAAACAGAGUAUGCUAGAAAAUAAGCUGAAAGCUAUCGAAGUUUUUAGAAAAACUAAAAUUGAUAGAAAACGGAAAUUUACCAAAAAGAAGUCUAUGUUACCUAAGGAUCAAGCUGAGCUUUCCGAAAGUAGCGACAGUGAUUAGGCAGCUACACAGACAAUAAUUCAGAAAAUAAUUAGAAUGCAUGUUUUUUCGUCACUAUUUAUACUAAUUACUAAUAGUACUUACUAUACUAAUACUUGUAUUACAAGCAAUAAUAAAACGCAAUUUUAAAAUAGUCAA